CUGAUAGCUGAGGCGCAAGUAGUGUUGACAACACUACUGGAGUCUCUUAUUUAUUUAUUUAUUUAUUUAUUUAUUUAUUUCCUAAUGGCUGUUUAAAAAUAAAUAUAAAACAACACCGCGAAUUUGGGAGGAGGGGAGUGACAUGCCUUAAUGUAUUUCAUACCUGUGUCUGAUCCAUGUGCCAGUCAGCUGAAGCAUGCUGGAGAAAUGAAGCAGCCUGUAAGUAGAAGAGAUGCCGGAGUCUGGCAUCAGACGAAGAGCCUGCUCUACAAAAACCUGCUAAUCAAAUGGAGGACCAAACAGCAGAGUCUCCAGGAGCUAAUCUUACCGUUGCUCCUCCUGAGUCUCCUCAUCCUCAUCAGCACCCUCAACCCACAUGUCUCUUACGGCAGUAUAAGCACCAAGGAGCUGGAGUAUGAACGGGACCUGUCACUCAAAGGUCUCGGUUACACCCCCAUCAACAAUGUCACCAAUCACAUCAUGGAAGAGGUGGCACGGGAACUGCCCCUGAAUAAUGAGCUUCGAUUGGAGAUGUUCUCCACUGAAGAAGACCUGGAGAACGCCAGUCUGUAUGAACCUGACGGCUAUGUGGGAGUGGUCUUCUUGGAUAAUAUGUCAUACCGUUUGCGAUUCCCAUACAGUCAGCUCCCUCUGCCCAGUGACUUCACAGAAUCCAUAACAAGCUGUUACACAAACUAUGUAAACUGCCGUGCUGCCAACUACUGGUAUUCUGGAUUCAUACGGCUGCAGUCCCUUAUAGAUGCUGCCAUCAUACAGAUGCAGACCAAACGUCCGGUGUGGAACGAAUUAAAUGUGCGUGCAGUGAUGAUGGGUCAUCCAGGUUCUGUGGAAGUCCAGAAGUUCCCUCACGCCCUCAUCUCCAUCUACCUGGUGCUAGCAUUCACGCCCUUCGUCUCCUUCCUCAUUGUCAAUGUGGCAGCUGAAAAAGAGCAGCGACUCAAAGACACCAUGGGCAUGAUGGGAUUGUAUGACUCCGCGUUCUGGCUUUCAUGGGGGCUCCUCUAUGCCGCACUAGUUACGACCAUGUCCAUUCUCAUGGCUGUUAUAGCAACCUGCACCCCCCUGUUCUCCAACAGCAACUUUUUUGUCAUCUUUCUCCUCAUCUUCCUGUAUGGAAUAUCCUCUAUCUUCUUCUCCUUCAUGUUGACCCCUCUGUUUAAGAAGCCCAAGUUUGCGAGUACGGUGGGCUCCAUGUUGACGGUGGUCUUUGGAUGUCUGUCUCUCUUCACUGUGCUAAUGAGAGAUUUUCCCCAGUCUGCUGUCUGGCUCCUCUGUCUUUUGUCUCCCAGCGCUUUCUCUUUCGGCAUUGCCCAGGUGGUGUAUCUUGAAGCUCAAGGACAUGGUGCAGUGUUCUCCUCUCUUGGCAAUGGUCCUCACGCUCUCUAUGUUCCUAUGGUCAUGCUGUUCCUGGACUGCAUUCUCUAUCUGCUUUUAGCCAUUUACUUGGAUCAGGUGCUCCCAGGGGAGUUUGGCACGAGGCGUUCUGUUCUGUACUUCCUGCACCCAUCCUAUUGGUCAAAGAGGAGGAAGCGCUAUGUGGAGGUGAGCUCCAUUUACGAGGGGGAGGUUAAUGGAACUCCUGUGUCUGAUGAAUCGGUGGAGGCGGUUUCUCCGGAGUUCAGAGGCAAAGAGGUAAUCAGGAUAUGCAAUAUCCGUAAAAUCUACAAAGAGAAAGACUGCACAGUGGAGGCUUUGAGAGGUUUGACCUUUGACAUCUACGAGGGUCAGAUCACAGCCCUCCUGGGUCACAGUGGAGCCGGAAAAUCCACACUCAUGAACAUCCUAUGUGGCAUCUGCCCUCCUACAGAAGGAGCUGCCACCAUUUAUGGCUCCCCUGUGGCGGAGAUCGCAGAGGGUGCAGAGAUGAAACAGCUGGUUGGUAUAUGCCCACAGUUCAACAUUAUCUUUGAUGUGCUCACUGUAGAGGAACACCUGAGGAUAUUUGCUGCCAUCAAAGGGAUUCUGCCUUCUGAUAUCGAUAGUGAGGUGAGAAAGGUUCUAAAAGAUCUAGAUUUGGAAAAGAUCAUGGAUGCCCAGGCGAAGAACCUGAGUGGAGGCCAAAAGAGGAAGCUCUCAGUGGGCAUAGCAAUUCUAGGAGACCCAAAUAUCCUUCUUCUGGAUGAGCCUACAGCUGGUAUGGACCCAGUAUCACGCCACCAGGUUUGGUCCUUACUGAAGAGCCGUAGAGCAGGCAAAGUUACUGUACUCAGCACUCAUUACAUGGACGAGGCAGAUAUACUUGCAGAUCGUAAAGCCAUCCUCUCUCAAGGACAGCUGAAAUGUGUUGGCUCCUCUUUGUACUUGAAGACCAAGUGUGGGGUUGGCUACCAUCUUAGGAUGUCAGUGACUGAAGGCUGUGAGGUGGAGAACAUCACAUCGCUGGUCAAGCAGCUUGUUCCCAAGGCACAGUUGUCAAGGCAGCAAGAGGCAGCGCUCACUUUCACGUUGCCUUUCAAGAGCAUGGACACUUUCCCAGGGCUUUUCGCAGAGCUGGACUGUCGUCCUGACCUGGGUAUCAUUAAUUAUGGAGUCUCCAUGACAACAUUAGAGGAUGUAUUCUUGCGUCUGGAGGCAGAAGCAGAGGUGGAUCAGGCCGACUACAGAGUGUUUAACCAGGAGAAGGUGGAAGAAGAAAGUGACUUUUCCUCUCUGGAUGAUACAGAUCAAAGGCUGUUGAUGUUUUCAGACAGCAGACAGGAUGCAGUAACCGGACGUGCCCUCUGGAGGCAGCAGUUCAGCAUGGUGGCCUGGCUGCACAUGCUCAACCUGCAGAGAGAAAGGAAACCCAUCUUAUACAAUGUGACACUGUUCCUGGUUUUCUUGUCUGCACUGCUGAUUUUGUCUGUGGCAACAGGAAACAUUCAGUUUCACUCUCCUGAAAGACUGUUUUUACCCAUAUACCUGCUGCGCCGCAAUGAGGCUCCUCACAAAUACACCACAAGCCUGCUUGUGCAAAACUCCACUGAUUCGGAUCUGUCAGGGUUCAUCCAGAAUCUGGCGUCUCAGGACAUUAAGGUGGAAAUGAUGAAGAAGCCAGACUACAUGUCUGCUGCACCUGUGAGCGCUGCUAUCAAUGUGACGGGAUCCAGUAAGGAUUUGUCCUACAUCUUGGCAUUUAACAGUACCACAGUGCACUCCCUGCCCAUGGCUGUCAAUGUGCUCAGUAACGCCCUCCUGAAGGGCUUGAAUGGCACAGGACGCAUUAAAACAUGGACCAAACCAUUUGAGUAUCAAAUCCCAGAUAAGACAUCCUACGCUCUGGUUUACAUGGAGGCUGUACUUCUGGGGAUGCUGGCUGCUGGGACGCCAGCAUACUUUGCCAUGGACCACACAAGAGACAGAGAGCUGAUGUGUCGCUCGACUCUAAGGAUCUCUGGUCUGGUCCCAUCUGCGUACUGGUGUGGUCAGGCAGCCAUUGAUGUCCCUUUCUAUUAUCUCAUCUUAACCUGUAUGACCAGCACCCUGUUCGCUUUCCACUCUACAAACCUGCUAACCUCCCAUAACAUCAUGUCUGUGGCUCUGUGUUUGAUUGGCUUCUCUCCAGCCAUGGUUCUCUUCACCUACUGUGUGUCCUUCAUGUUCGUCAGAGUCCAGAGUAACCGAGACUUUUUCUCAGUGGUCUCCAUGAUGCUUUGUGUGGUUUCUGCAUCUAUAGUCCAGUUGGCUCUUGUGAAUGAAAACGCUGGUCUGGCUCGUGUCCUACACAAUACACUGUGUUUUUUCAGUCCGUUCUACCCUCUUAUGGGCUGCCUUAAUUGCAUUACCACGGCUACCUUCCAUCAUUCUACUCAUGAGGAGGAGUUCCUGUGGACGAAUCUCUUCAUCUCUGUUGUGGCUCCAUAUAUCCAGUGUAUCCUGCUGCUCUUCAUACUGAGAUGGUUGGAGAUCAGAUAUGGAGGGCAGACAAUGAAAAAUGACCAGCUCUGCAGGAUUUCCUCCAAUGCAAAGAGCAAAGUCCAGCGGAACCCAGAGGAGAACUUGAGCGACAAUGAGGAUGUUCAGGUGGAGAAAGCUCGAGUGAAGGAGGCAUUGACCUGUCAGUGCUGUGAGGAAAAACCCGUGGUGGUGGUAAGUGACCUGAGGAAACAGUACAAAGGCAAGAGAGAAGGUUUCGCACUUGGCAAGAGAAGAAAAGUGGCCACUAAGAACAUCUCCUUCUGUGUUCGCAAAGGUGAGGUUUUGGGUCUGCUGGGACCAAAUGGAGCUGGAAAGAGCACCAUCAUGCACAUGCUGUCAGGAGACACAGAACCCACUGCUGGACAGAUCCUGAUGGGAGAUUACGGCACAGACUUCCAGCCAGUGGAAAACCCCUUGGAGCACGUAGGGUACUGUCCUCAGGUGAACCCUCUGUGGCCUAGAAUCACUUUACAGGAGCACCUUGAGAUCUAUGCUGCCAUCAAGGGGUUAAAUCAAUGUGAUAUCCCAAACAUCAUUAAGCGGGUUGUGAGUGCUCUGGAACUGAAGGAUCAUCUUUAUAAACAGGCAAAAAACCUGUCUGCAGGGCUAAAGAGGAAGUUGUGCUUUGCACUAAGCAUGCUGGGAAAUCCUCAGAUAGUAUUAUUGGAUGAGCCUUCUGCAGGGAUGGAUCCCAAAUCGAAGCAUCGCAUGUGGAGGGCAAUCCGUGCUGCCUUUAAGAACAAACAGCGAGGGGCCCUUUUAACCACCCACUACAUGGAGGAGGCAGAGGCUGUGUGCGACCGUGUGGCCAUCAUGGUUUCUGGUCAGCUACGGUGUAUUGGUUCAAUUCAGCACCUGAAGGGAAAGUUUGGGAGAGGCUACAGCCUAGAAAUUAAUCUCCGGGAGGAGCUCAUGGGUCUCCAGCAGGUGGCGCUAUUGCACAAAGAGAUUAUAAAGAUAUUUCCCCACGCUGCUCGUCAGGACAGUUUUGCAACCCUGAUGGUGUAUAAAAUCCCAAUGGAGGACGUGAAGUCACUAGCCAAGUCCUUUGCCCAGCUAGAGAGUGCUAAACAAAACUUUAAUUUUGAAGAGUACAACUUCUCCCAGUCAACUCUUGAACAGGUUUUCAUGGAGUUCGCAAAAGAGCAGGAGAAUGAAGAGGAUGAGGUGGGAUCUCUCAGCACUACUUUCCAAUGGCAGAGACUGAGACAGGACAGCUCUGUAACCAUCAAUCAUGCUGACAGCAUAGUACACCAGCUAUGAGCUAAUGCUGGCAGCCUUUCUUGAAACGCCUCUCUUCUCUCUCUUUCUGUCUCUCCGCUUGUGCCAUCCUUUGCCUUAAGAGUCUUUAACUAAUGGGACUUCCACAGGAUACUCAACUGUGGAGACUCCAGUGGCCACCAGUACACAUACAUGUGUUGGCCAUGAUAACCAAGUUGGCUCUGGUACUGGCACUUGCUAAGAUGGGGUCUGACAUGUGAUUCGCGUGUCAGCUGCAAUGAUCAAGCUAGACUUGACCUUUUUAUUAUGAAGAGAAUUUUAUUUUUUAAUUAUUACGCUCUGCCAGUGAGAACGAAUUUGAACUUGUAACUUUAAAUCAUACACCUCCCUAAGAGGUUUACCUAAUGUUACAGUAUGUAUCAAGCUCACUGUCCUGUUGUUUCCUAACUCCAUUUACACAUGUAAAUCACUGGGAAAUUAAUUGCAUGGAGCGGGUUCCACAUUAUUCAAAUGGUACCAAAGUCUCACUCACGUUGAUGCCAAAAAGGUGCUUUUGGUGUCUGUAGCAUGGAAUAUAAACUUGCGUCUAUGUGUGUUCGGCUAUAACGUUAUAUAUACAUACUGAUUUGUAUUUCUGACAUGUGACAGACGUUUUCAGACAGGAGAAUCUCAGUACAGCUGUCUACCACAGCACUGAUGCCGAGAUUUACCAGCAUGAAUGGGGCGACUCUUCUUCUAACCCUUUUUUGGGCAGAGUGGGCCCUGCAAGUGCAUGAAACCUUUUGUCUCUGCUGCACCCAGGAGAUCUCCAAGACUCCUUUCUUAAACACCAGCACAUUUUUCAGGCUUUCACACAGAGCUCUCCAAAGAAAAACAGGUCAAAGUGCUCACAUUAAGCAAGCGAGUGGGAUUCAAAUCAAGACUAUAGGAUGAUAUCGUUCUGUUUGCAUUUCUGUCUCCUUAUCGUCCUACUUUUUUCAUCCCUUCAUCAGGUGGCCUUCCUUUAGGAGAAGUUUAAAUGUUUAAAAUCAGUAGCUAAGAAUGUAGCUCCCACAAUCUGCUCCAAACCAUGUAGCACUCCAACUUAGUCACAUACUGCUGAGCAAGGUCUUUUAUUUAUUUUGUUUUAAAUGAGAGUAACAAGUGAGGCAGAUACUGUAGAGCUUUUGGAACCUUGAGCCUUGAAUGUACAGUGGUAUUUUUUUGGUGAAGUUUUACAGUGAAGUGUUAGAUUGUGUUCAGUGUGGUUUUUAAAAUAUCUAGUUGAGCACAGUGUUUUCAGUCUGUCAUUUUGCAUUAUAUACGUCUUUGAUCGUUGCGCCGUGGUUUCUGCAUAAAAUGAGCAUUGCAUCUUAAUGUGAUUUUCAAGUACUUCAGCUUUUAAAAAAGAGACACCUGCAUUUUACAUUCGUUGCGCUGUGUCUAGCCUUUUUUAAUGCAAGAAUUCGUUUGAUCUGAAUGGCCCCCAAGAGCUUUGUUUUAAGGAGAUUUUGUGCACCUUGUACACCUGUACAAAUGUUGGACUCGUUUUGGUUGGUUGGUUCUAGCUCAGUUUGGCACUAUGGGCACAGCAGAAUAAACUUCCAACAUUAUAUAUGCAUCUCAAAUGUAUUUAAAUAUUUUGUUAAAUGUAAAAUAAUGUAAGCAUCACUUCUUUUUGUUGGUCAAUUAAAAAAAAUAAAUAUAUAUAUAUAUAUAUAUAUAUAUAUAUGUGUAUAUGUAUAUAUAUAUAUGCAUGCACACACAUACACACUACCGGUCAAAACGUUUGAAAACACUUGACUGAAAUGUUUCUCAUGAUCUUAAAAAUCUUUUGAUCUGAAGGCGUAUGCUUAAAUGUUUGAAAUGAGUUUUGUAGACAAAAAUAUAAUUGUGCCACCAUAUUAAUUUAUUUCAUUAUAAAUCUAAAAUUUAAUUUAAAAAAAAUUGAUGACUUGGACCAAAUAAUAAAGCAGCCAAUAAGUGCCCAACAUAGAUGGGAACUCCUUCAAUACUGUUUAAAAAGCAUCUCAGGGUGAUACCUCAAGAAGUUGGUUGAGAAAAUGUCAAGAGUACACGUCUGCAAAUUCUAGGCAAAGCGUGACUACUUUGAAGAUGCUAAAAUAUAAAACAGUUUUGAUUUAUUUUGGAUUUUGUUUAGUCACAGCAUAAUUCCCAUAGUUCCAUUUAUGUUAUUCCAUAGUUUUGAUGACUUUACUAUUAUUCUAAAAUAUGAAAAAAAAAAAAAUUAAAAUAAAGAAUGAGUGUUUCAAAACUUUUGACUGGUAAUGUAUAUUUACUGUAUAUAUGAAGGUGUGAAAUUAAAUACUUCUCAAUAUCUCUGCAGUCUGAGUGAGUGACCUUGGUGUCUUUUGAUAUAUUUCCAUUAUGGCAUCUUACAAACAUCUAAACUAUUAUACAUGGACAGUGUUAAGUCUUUCAAAGCAAACCCAGUUAUUCUUUACUAGUGAGAGUGAACUUAUUGUCUAAGUUCUCUGGAGUUCUGUUUAAGUAUUGCAGUAGAUGAAAACAAAGUUUAUUCUAUUGAUGUCCAGCAUCUUUUCAACUUGAAGUGUUUACAUAGUAGGGGCGUUUUCUGACAAGUGCUAUUUUUAUUUUUUUCCUGGACAACAUUGGAUUAUUUUUUAUUUUUUUUGCAUAAUGUUUAUGCAGAACCAUACAUUGGUAUUAUGAACUCCGUCCCAGGUGCUGGUUCCAAUUGGUAGAACUUGUUGAAACAAAAGCUGGGUGUUUCAUGAUGAAACUGUGGAUUAUGCAUGGCAUUGUGGCCUGCCUUUUAGUUGCAGCUAAUCUGUUGUACAUCGUUUUAAUUUAUCGGAUUCCACUUUUUUUUGCAAGUGUAAACCUAGCUGAACGUGAAAGGGUGUAUAUAAUGGCAUGUCUAGAUCAUUCCUCAAAAAUUGUAACCUAUGCCAAGAUGGCACGUUGUGUGGAAUAGUUUUAUGGUUUUGUGACUCCAAAAAUAUUAGUAUUAAAAAAGUACUUUAUUUAUUUUUUUAAUGCUCUGAGUUUGAUUUAUAGUUAAUAUAGUUCUUGUUGGUCUAUCCUCAGAAAUAGGCACUAAAUAUUUCAACUUUAUUCUGUUGCAUUAAAAGGAAGCUACUGCUAAGUUUUUAAAGCAACAAAAAUAUGUCCUUAUGAUUUUUGGAAAUGGAUUUUGUGGAACAAUUAUGUCUGUUCUGGGCAAGCACAGGGGAUAGUAAAUUUUAUAUUUGAUUUUUAUAUAUAUAUAUAUAUAUAUAUAUAUAUAUAUAUAUAUAUAUAUAUAUAUAUAUAUAUAUAUUAGCCUGUCAUGUUUGUAAUGUACAACAGUUCUUUAAUAUUUAACACUGACCAGUUAAGUCUUUGAGUUGGGCUCGGGACGGGUGGUUGUAUUGAACACUAUUUAACCAAGACCUUUAUUUCCUCAAGUGCAAUAUAUUUGUAUGUGUGAGUAAUUAAUGCAUUAUGUAAACGGUGUCAUUGCAAACUGCAAUAUUAAUGUUGUCUCUUUUGUGAACUCGGAUGUGACUUGAAGCACAAUGUAGCCACAAAUAUGUAAUCUUUUAGAAUGCUUUGCACUCUCUUCCCCUAGUGCCCAUUUCCUGCCAUUUGUAUGCAAAAAUUUGAUGGACAAUAAAAUGUAUUCAGGAUGUUGUUAA